CCGGGUGCCGCUCUCGAGGUGGGGGGAGGGGCGGGCGCGACGGCCACGGACGUUGCGGGCAUCAUGCGGCGAGGGGGGUGGGGGCGACACAGUGAUGUAUGAGCACGGUUGCCGCACGCGGAUGACAGCCGUCACGUCGGUUUAACACACGCCAGAGGGGGGAGACGACGGAGAUCGGGGGGGUUGCGGGCGCGGUGAUGCGGGGCAAAACAUGAUGCACGGUGUAAACGCUUACACACCGUGCUUAUAGAGUAGUAGGAAUUUUGUUGUACCUUUGCACCAAUGCUAUAUUUUAUUACCUUUUUGUCAUGUUAAGUUUAACAUUUGGCGCGGGGCUUUGUUAGUUUCUGGAUCCGCCACUUCAUCCCUUGAUUGCACAGAAUUCCCUCCCAAUCGACGCCACCACAUCCACGAUGCGCCUCCGCAGCCGGGCAAUCUUUCCCCUCGUCCGCACCACCGCCAUCACCACGUCGGCCGUGUCUUCGCCGCCGGCGGUGCUGAGCGUAGGCCACGCGCUGCGCGAGCGCCGGCGCUUCACGGAAGACGAUGUGGCGGCGUACGCGGCGGUCAGCGGCGACCGCAACCCGGUGCACCUCGACGACGCCGUUGCCCGCGAGCUGAGCGGGUUCCAGCGAGGCCGCGUGGUGCACGGCAUGCUCGUGGCAUCUCUCUUCCCUUCCGUCAUCGCCGCAAGCUUCCCUGGCGCGGUGUACGCGAGUCAGACGCUCAAGUUUGCCGCGCCGGUGUAUGUCGGGGAUGAGGUGGUUGCUCGAGUCAAGGCACUCAACAUCAGGAUGAUAGCGUCAAGUUCGCAACCAAAUGCUUCAUGGACAAAGAGGAGGGCUUGGUUGCAAUCGAAGGCGAAGCAAUGGCUGUCCUGCCUACACUGGAGCUCAGCUCUCAGUCGACUAGCAACUAAUAGUGGCCUGGAACCGGGUGACUAGUCAAAUGUUUCUGCUGCUUAAUAGUAGUUUGAGUAGCACAAUGCUUAAGCUAGUCAGAAAAUCUUAUGUUGUCCGUCAGGAACUUAUCAUACCCAACCUGGUAAUCCGUCUCCUAGGAACACUGUAGGAUGUGUGUAAACUAAACUUAUGUAACCUUCACAUUAUAAGCGAUGAGUGAAGUAAACCUGUUGUUUAUGCCUA